GCCCGUUUUCCUUUUCGCGCUUUAAUUGGUUUCCGAGGGAAGUGGGAAAAGAUAGGAGAGAGGGGGAGUGGGGUUGAGAAGCGCGGUGGAGAUGGCUGAGGGAGAAGGCGCCAAGCGGUGGCUUCCUCUGGAAGCGAACCCCGAUGUCAUGAACCAGUUUCUAUGGGGCCUUGGUUUACCGGAGGGUGAAGCAGAGUUUCAUGAUGUGUAUGGUUUGGAGGAGGAACUCCUGGAGAUGGUCCCAAAACCUGUCGUUGCAGUUGUUUUCCUUUACCCCCUCACAGACGAGACUGAAGCUGAGAGACUGCUGGAGCAAGAAGGUACUGAGGGAGAAGGGGUGCAGGGCAAAGUGUUCUUUAUGAAGCAAACUGUUGGAAAUGCAUGUGGAACCAUUGGAGUUCUUCAUGCUUUAGGAAAUGUAACGUCUGAAAUUAAGCUAACUGAGGGUUCUUACUUGGAUAGGUUCUACAAGGCAACAGCCAACAUGAGCCCUCUAGAGCGUGCUGGGUUUCUUGAAAAAGAUGUAGAAAUGGAGUCGGCACAUGGUGUGGCAGCUGCAGCUGGUGACACUGAGGCUCAGCAGAACGUGGACACCCAUUUCAUAUGUUUUACUUGUGUUGAUGGUGUGUUGUAUGAGCUUGAUGGGAGAAAGGACCGUCCUGUUGCUCAUGGUCCGUCUUCGCCUGGCAGUUUAUUGCAGGACGCGGCCAAGGUUAUACGGACUUUCAUCAUGAAAAACCCAGAAUCUGUUAAUUUCAAUGUCAUGGCUCUUUGCAAGAAAGAUGAGCAAACCUAGACACGAAGCAGCAGCCUCCUUGGAUGUACACUUGGAAGGGGGUGGUUAAGUGUAACUCGGUUGAGUCUCUUUCGUGUACAAGAGGGUUGGACGAACUUACUCUGGUUAUUUAUAGUUACACCAAAAGGUUCACCCAA